AUGGACAGUUCGCCCCGGCUGCCCCUCCAGCGGCGGCACGAUCUCGCCGUUGUGAAACAACAACUCGUCGUCGUCGUCUCCGUCGCAUCAACACUCUUCGUGCUAUGUCCAGAAUGGCUACAGUUCUACAGAAACCUAGCCGUUAUUCCUCUUCUAGCUUGGCUCACGGCCAAAGGCUUCGAUCUGGUCAUCAUGCUGAAUGACAAAUGGGACAAUGCGCCAGCUAUGGUCAAGUACUUUGUUCCUAUCGACUUUCCGCAGAUCACACCUCCAUUUGAGAAGAUACGAAGUCUGGGGAAUAGACAGUUGGCAGUUGCGAGGACCAAGUUUCGACAUUUGUCUUCGGAGGUGAGGGCUGUAGUUUUAAUGGUAGUGAAUUGGGUCUUGGCGCAGAUUAGUGGCGGUCAGUCCGGAGUCGCGUCGCCAGUUUCUGAGGAGAAGAAAGCGAAGCCUGCGCCGAAACCCGAUGAAUGGGUAGCGAUUCUCGUCACAACGCCGCUCAUCAAUGACGACGCCGGCAUCGAUUUCGGAACCAACACCAUCGUAGAGAUUGGUGAAGUAAUUACCUGGGACCAUACACAGACAACAUCUCUUCCGGCCAUUCUUCCGCCGUCCACUUUCCAGGUUGAAAUGAAACUCUGUCUGGUCCCCAAGAGCAUAUGGUAUUCCCGUAAGACCGUCCUGGCAAAGUUCACAACAGGGCUUUACUGGAGCCAUCAGCCAGGGCAAUCGGCAUGUCAAGGAGAACAAUGGGAUGAAGAUCAGAUUCGAAGUAUCUCCAGAGUACAAUUCAUUGGACACGUGGAGAAGCACAACAAUAUUGACAAGGUCAACAAAUGCUUCGAGUCCCUUUGUGAAGGAUGGAACGAUGUCAACAUAUACUGGAGCGACAUUGACUUCGCUAUCGUCUUCGCUUUCCUCCUCGUCGGCACGUCCUCAAAUGAGAUAUGCAAGAAACUUUUCGAUCAAUUCUCCGUCCUGAGAGUCGAAAAAGCCAGUCGGAAUAAGGAACUCAACCGCACACGCUUGGGAGCUGGUGCAGCCGUCUUGACACUUUUGACGGGAGGACUAGCUGCUCCCAUCACGAUACCGAUGAUGAUGGGCGCCGAGAUGACAACGUCGACACACGAUCGGUAUUUAUGGAGCGAGAGGACCAGAAUGUGUAAAGAGCUUUUGGGAAGAUAUGAGAAACUGGAGGCCAUCAUUGAGGUGCAAGAGACAGAGGCCCCGAAGGCUAUUGAUCCAACGCCCUUCUUUUCGCCCAAGACUAUGGAGUCGAGCUGGUUUGUUGAUGAUUCUUGGUGA